AUGGUAGACAGAGAUCCAGGCACACCCACCUGGAAGUUCACACAAUGCUUCGGUGAUAAAGGUGAUGUAGAAGAUAUCACAGAAGGUACCCUCCCCACCUAUCCGAUCGAUUCACCCGGAGCCCUUAUGCUGACAACCCCCGUCCUGCCAGCGGACAUCAUCUCGACUGUUGAAUUCGACCACACCGGUAAUUAUUUGGCUACGGGAGACAAGGGUGGACGAGUGGUGCUGUUUGAGCGGAACGAGACGAAAAAAACUUGCGAGUAUAAGUUCCACACCGAGUUUCAGUCGCACGAGCCGGAAUUCGACUACCUCAAAUCGUUAGAGAUUGAAGAGAAGAUCAACAAGAUAAAAUGGUGUCGCCGACAGAAUGCAUCACACUUCCUCCUUUCGACCAACGACAAGACCAUAAAGUUGUGGAAGGUGUUUGACAAGUCGUUGAAAGUGGUCGCCGAGAACAACCUAUCGAAUGAGAUGACUCCGGCCGGUGCUGUGAGCGGUGGUGGCAUUGCUCGGGCACCGCGCGGAGCCUUCAAGGAUGCGUCAGCCCUCAAGCUGCCGCGCUUGACACACCACGACACGGUUGUCGCCGCUGUGCCGCGGAGAACCUAUGCAAAUGCCCACGCCUACCAUAUAAAUAGCAUCUCGGUGAACAGUGAUGGCGAGACCUUUAUCAGCAGUGACGACCUUCGAGUGAACCUGUGGAACCUCAACAUCCAGGACCAGAGUUUCAACAUCGUGGAUAUCAAGCCGGCGAAUAUGGAGGAGCUGACUGAAGUCAUCACAGCGGCCGAGUUCCACCCGGUCAGCUGUAACUGGUUCAUGUAUGCCAGCUCCAAGGGCACCAUCAAACUUGCGGAUAUGCGACAGCGCGCUCUUUGUGACGACCACGCCAAGUUGUUUGAACAGGAAGAGGAUGCUUCCUCCCGCUCCUUCUUUUCCGAGAUCAUCUCCUCUAUCUCCGACGUUCGAUUCUCACACGACGGCCGGUACAUCGUGUCCAGGGACUACUUGACCGUGAAGAUUUGGGACGUCAACAUGGAACGCCAGCCGGUGAAGACCAUUCCCAUCCACGAGCACCUCCGGCCGCGCCUGUGCGAUACGUACGAGAAUGACAGCAUCUUCGACAAGUUUGAAGUCGUCUUCUCAGGCGACGCAGAGAACGUCAUGACCGGCAGUUAUAACAACAACUUCAUGAUCUACCCCACACAGGAAGAAAAGGAUACGGAGAUUGUGCUCCAGGCGGACAAGUCGGCCUUCAAGGCGAAGAAGGUCGGUGUGCCCACCCCCAUGAACAAGGGCAAUGGCAAGAAGGCCGGCUCGAGGUCUGGCAGUCCUGCCGGCCCGGGCAGUCGCAUGAAGAAGGAGACGGAUGCCGAUCAGAUCGACUUCAACAAGAAGAUUCUCCACAUGAGCUGGCACCCCUUCGAGGACAGCAUUGCCAUUGCCGCGACGAACAAUCUCUUUGUCUUCUCCGCCCUGUGA